AUGGGCCGUGUACGCAGAGCCAUUGUCAGCUUACAAAAUAAGAGAUCUCGCCUAACUACUUAUCGGAAGCGCUCCGCGGGGGCAAUGAAGAAGCUUCAUGAGCUCAGCGUUCUUUGCAACCAGGAUAUAUUUCUCUAUAUUCGCGACCAGGAAACUGGGAAGCUCCAGACAUUUGCAUCAUGUGAUGAGAAAUUUGUACCCGACUACGAUGUAAUCAGUCAAGAAGAUCGCAAGGGCCCUAAAGAUAUGCAGAUAUACUAUACCCAGGCCCAAAACCAGAAACAGAACCAGAAACAAAAGCGGAACCAGCAGGAAACCCAAUCGAACCAGCAGCCGAGCGACAAGUCGGAAAACCAAUGGAACAUCCAGUGGAGCAACCAGCCAGUCAAUCAGCCGCACAACCAGAACCAUGGCCCGAAAUGGCUAUCUUCUUCGGCAGGCAGCGAGGAGCACAAACCGGCUCAUUCGGUGACUACGCCCCAAGCGCCACCUCGACUAGACCGUCGUGGACAGCGAAACCAGGGUUCUUCGGUAUGGAACAUUGUUUCGAACCCGAGAAUCAUACAACCACUUAGCAGCCUCAUGUCCCAGAGUGAGUCUUGCCAGAGGACAUUCAAAGCCACAUUACGAAUAUUUACUGCAAUUUAG